AUAAAAUUGGCAACUAUGCGGAACAAGCGAGGUGUGCAAGUAGUUCGGUACGCAGAAUAGUACCUCGACAUCAGCGACAUCAGCCUUUGACAUUGGAAGAUUUCAGAAAAUAAUAAUAAAUUCAUCUGACUAUAAAAGAAAUACAUAGUUCAAUAGCUUCGGAGUGACAAUCCGGAUUGUUGUUGGGAUGUAAACAAAUCCCCGAGGCGAAAAUUUCGAGAUUGAAUUGAUUUCUUGACGGAGGAAGAUCUAGCGUGGGAUGGAAGCAACCGAGUUAUUUAUGAAAAUAUGUGGAUAUGAAUACUAAAAUUAUUACUCAUGGUGAACCAGGGGAAAUUACUAGGCAACACAAGAAGAAAUUGUCCAUAUCAGGUUCCCAAAUUGUUCAGUGACAUGGAAGAUGCUGACUACUAUAUACAGGCAGCCAAACGACUACAGAAGAAAAACAACGGACACAAAUUACAAAUUAUAGUUACUCCGCGGCACCCACGUGCCAUGUUUGCUGCUUCAAAUAAACAUGAUAAUAGUUGGUUUCUGUCAAACCUUCAUUUAAAUGAUAAUUUGUUGAUGCCUACAAAGGGAGCGCAAGACUACGAUAAGCUGUAUAAGCUAAGACCAUUUCCGAAUUGCCUGUCUAAAAAUUGCAUGACUCCUACAAAAGAAGUGUGCAUAGACGAGUCCAUGAUUAAAUUUAAAGGAAGGCAUUCACUAAAACAAUAUCUUCCCAAAAAGCCAAUCAAAAGAGGGUAUAAGGUCUGGAUACUGGCUAAUAAAAGUGGCUAUUGUCAAAAAUUUCAAAUAUAUACAGGAAAAUCAAAUGACGAAGAAAAAUGCUUGGGUGCUAGAGUGGUAAAAAACCUACUAGAAGGUAUGGAAGCAAAACACCAUAUAGUGUAUUUUGACAAUUUCUUCAAGAGUGUACCACUGUUAGAAUAUCUGAAAUCGAAAGAUAUCCACGCAUGUGGAACAGUCAACGUGAAAAGGAAAUUUCUUCCUAUUUUCAAUCCAGAUACGUCCUUUAAACGUGGCGAAUCUCAAAUCUUCAUUUCUAACACAGACGUUGUUGCUAUAAAAUGGCGAGACAAACGAAGUGUCCACUUGCUAUCUAAUUUUCACAAUCCCACCACUGUUGCCGAGGUUGACAGGCGAGAAAGACUGGAGCCAUUUGUAAGGUUUCUUGUCCAGCUGCUUUAA